AUGGCCCUUCGAAGCAUUUUAUGGCUAUUGCCAGCGCUCAUGCUUUUGGUGAAGGCGCUACCUUCGAAGGAGCACUUCAAGGUAGCGGAGGAAUUACUUCCAGGUGUUUCAAGUAUUCCAAAGGAUUUCCUUCCUGAAAUGUAUGCAGGGCAGCUAGAGUUACAUGACCAUCAACCAAAUGAUGGGAAGUUAUUUUUUUGGAGGUUUAGUGAAAAGAAGGAAAAUACUAGUGAUACAAUAGUAUUGUGGUUAAAUGGCGGUCCCGGGUGCUCUUCCAUUGAUGGUGUGUUUCUCGAAUUAGGACCUUUUAGAGUUGAUGAGACUGGGAAACUGUAUGUUAAUGACGGGUCAUGGCAUACAAAGGCGGACAUAUUGUUUAUAGACCAACCAGUUGGAACAGGUUUUUCCAUCGGAGGACCUUUUAAGAGCUAUCAUGAUAAUCUAGAAGCAGUCUCUGAAGAUUUUAUUGCGUUUAUGAUCAAUUACUUUACCGUAUUCCCAGAAGAUCGUGCUAAGAAGUUGAUUCUUGCCGGUGAGUCGUUUGCCGGCCAGUAUAUACCAUAUUUUGCGCAUAGCAUGUUAGAAUAUAAUAAGAACUCCGAGAAUGGAGUGCCAUUUUUCAAUUUGGACAGGCUGCUAAUUGGUAACGGUUGGAUUGCACCUGACCAGCAAAGUUUAUCGUAUGUUCCAUUCCUUAUGAAAAAGGGUAUCCUAAGCAGAAAACACGAUAACCUGCAUGUGAUUUUACAACAGCAAGAGAAAUGCCAGAAUGCGAUCAAUAGUGGAUCACCCAACUUUCAGAGCGAGCAGUGUGACAAAAUUUUAAAUAUACUUCUGGAACUGCUUUUAGAUCGUAAAGCCCCAGUCAAUGAGCAGUGUAUUAAUAUCUACGACUAUAGAUUACGGGCUUCGUAUCCAGGUUGUGGUAUGGACUGGCCACCAGAUCUCCCAAACAUAGCGAAAUUCUUUGACAUUGAAGGUGUUCUAGACGCACUUCAUAUAGAUUCGACGCAGGUUUCUAGGUGGGUAGAAUGCAAUGGGGACAUUCUUGAUAUUUUGGGGAGUCCUUCUUCUAAGCCGUCAAUACACCUAUUUCCUGACCUUUUAGAAUCUGGAUUGGAAAUUGUUUUAUUCAACGGUGAUAAGGAUAUUGUUUGCAAUAAUCUCGGUAUUGAAGCCAUAAUACGAGAUUUAACAUGGGCAGGUUCAACAGGGUUCACAGAAAACGUCAAACAAUACGAUUGGGUUGAUGAAAAUAGAGAUACGCAAGUUAGGACGCCAGUCGGAAUUAUUCAGAAGGAUAGAGGAUUGACUUUUAUCUCCGUUUACAAUGCUUCCCAUAUGGUUCCUUACAAUAUUGGCAGAGUUGGUGCAGGAUUAAUAGAUAUCGCUAGGAACCGCGCUAAAAUUGUUCAAGAUAAGAGUGAAACUGCUGAUAUGAAUUCCGGAACAAUGAUCAGCUAUUCCCAUGGGAAAGGAACUCACGAUCACAAUAGUAGCAACGGAUCAACCGCGGACUUAAAAGGGAGAGGAAGAUUUGGAGCAUUGGCAUUUAUGGUGCUAGCUUCAUUGAGCUUGACUAUGGUAUCAGUUGUUGUAUACUACAUUUUGCGGGACCAAGACAAGCCACCAAUCCUCAUUGGAAUGUUCGGUGCGCAACCACUUGGUCAGGGGGAUUUCACUGAUAAUAUAGAGUUAGGCACUUACGUUCCAGAGCCAGGCACUUGUGUUCCAGAGCCAAGAGAACAAUGGUAUAAAAAAUUCGGUAGCAGAAAGGGUGCUUACUCGAAGCUGCCUCAACCGCACGAAGCCGCUACAUAA